AUGGAAGAACAAGUAGAGCGCCUAGUAAACAAGGUCUGGGACCAAUAUCAAGAUGUCCCUGCAUCAAAGCGCUUGCUAAUCGCCGUAUCGGGUAUCCCAGGAUCCGGCAAAACAACACUAGCAGCCAUCGUCUCAACCAAACUCAACGAGAAACAUGCACAGCAAUCGCCUGGUACCGCUAAUAGCAACCCACUCUCAGCCUUCAUACCAAUGGACGGCUUCCACCUCUCGCGGCAACAGCUGGACGCAAUGCCCGAUCCAGACAGCGCCCACGCGAGACGAGGCGCGGCAUUCACAUUCGACGGCGACUCCUUCCACAGCCUGGUGAAGAAGCUACGAGACCCGAUAUGUCCAGAGAGCUCCACACUCUACGCCCCCAGUUUCGACCACGCGCUCAAAGACCCCGUUGAAAACGACAUCGCCAUCGCGCCAUCCGUCCGCAUCGUCAUUUUCGAGGGUAACUACUGUUCUCUGAACAAGGCGCCUUGGAACGAAGCUGCGAAGCUCAUGGAUGAGCUUUGGUUCGUGGAUGUGGACUUUGAUGUUGCGAGGAAGAGGUUGGUGCAUCGGCAUGUUAAGGCGGGGAUUGCGAGGGACGAGGAGGAGGCGGGGAAGAGGGCGGAUGAGAAUGAUCUUGUUAAUGGGAGGGAGAUUGUGGAUUUGAGACUUGAUGUGCAUGAGUUGGUUAGGAGUGUGGAGGAUGGGACGUGGGCGCCUGAACAGCAGGGGGUUGGGGAUGGGGCGGAUGAGGGGAGUAAAGGGGGGAUGGCGGGGAGGGUAUGA